GUCUGAUCAUGUGAUCUUCAACAUGGCGACACCCUUGGUGACCUCCAGAAAGGGGCGGAGCCUAGACUUGACGGGGGCAGGCUCAGAUUCAGGUUAAAUUGAGGAUUGAGCUCGCAGUUACAGCUAACCAUGGAAGCGGACGGGUUGGGACUUAAGGGUUUUCCGGAGCUGAAGAAUGACACAUUCCUGCGAGCAGCCUGGGGAGAGGAAACUGACUACACUCCCGUUUGGUGCAUGCGCCAGGCAGGCCGUUACUUACCAGAGUUUAGGGAAACCCGGGCAGCCCAGGACUUUUUCAGCACUUGUCGUUCUCCUGAGGCCUGCUGUGAACUGACUCUGCAGCAACCUGUCUCCUAUUUCCUACAGCCACUGCGUCGCUUCCCUCUGGAUGCUGCCAUCAUUUUCUCCGACAUCCUUGUUGUACCCCAGGCACUGGGCAUGGAGGUGACCAUGGUACCUGGCAAAGGACCCAGCUUCCCAGAGCCAUUAAGAGAAGAGCGGGACCUAGAGCGCCUACGGGAUCCAGCAGUGGUAGCCUCUGAGCUAGGCUAUGUGUUCCAAGCCAUCACCCUUACCCGACAGCGACUGGCUGGACGUGUGCCGCUGAUUGGCUUUGCUGGUGCCCCAUGGACCCUGAUGGCAUACAUGGUUGAGGGUGGUGGAUCAAGCACCAUGGCUCAGGCCAAGCGCUGGCUCUAUCAGAGACCUCAGGCCAGUCACCAGCUGCUUCGCAUCCUCACUGAUGCUCUGAUCCCAUAUCUGGUAGGACAAGUGGUGGCUGGUGCCCAGGCAUUGCAGCUGUUUGAGUCCCAUGCAGGGCAUCUUGGCCCACAUCUCUUCAACAAGUUUGCACUGCCCUACAUCCGUGAUGUGGCCAAGCAAGUGAAGGCCAGGUUGCAGGAAGCAGGCCUGGCACCAGUGCCCAUGAUCAUCUUUGCUAAGGAUGGGCAUUUUGCCCUGGAGGAGCUGGCCCAAGCUGGCUAUGAGGUAGUUGGGCUUGACUGGACAGUGGCCCCAAAGAAAGCCCGGGAGCGUGUGGGGAAGACGGUGACAUUGCAGGGUAACCUGGACCCCUGUGCCCUGUAUGCAUCUGAGGAGGAGAUUGGACAGCUGGUGAAGCAGAUGCUGGAUGACUUUGGACCACAACGCUACAUUGCCAACCUGGGCCAUGGGCUUUAUCCUGACAUGGACCCAGAACACGUGGGCGCCUUUGUGGAUGCUGUGCAUAGACACUCACGUCUACUUCGACAGAACUGAGUGCAUACAUUUACCCUCAAGUACCACUUACAUAGAUGAUUGAUUGUUUCUAGGACAAUAAAAGUUUCAGAGUUGAA